UCCCUCGGAGGCAGAGACGCUGAGAUGGAGCAGGAGCCGCUCGAGCUGAUCCGAAUCUAACUUCCCUUCUCGAUCCGGAGUCACACCUGGACUCUACUGGAUUCUACUGCUCGUGUGAACCAGUGACUAAACAACAUGUACGCGGGGAGGAAGAGGAGGAAACCGGCUCAGAAGGGUGUUCCCCUCGUAACCAGAGUGAAGCCGACCCCGGCUGAAGGGGCCAAGUCCAACCCGUCCAAACGCCACCGGGACCGGCUGAACGGGGAGCUGGACCGGCUGGCCGGCCUGCUGCCGUUCCCCGAGGACGUGGUGUCCAGCCUGGACAAGCUGUCCAUCCUGAGGCUCAGCGUCAGCUUCCUCCGCACCAAGAACUUCUUCUCAGUGGCGCUGAAGAGCCAGACGCCCACCGGCCUGAACAAGCUCAGCGAUCAACACAACGACGGCAAGACGCCGGGUUCAGCUGACACACAAAUGCCUGAGGGGGAGCUGCUGCUGCAGGCCCUGAACGGCUUCGUCCUGGCGGUGACGGCCGAGGGAAUCGUCUUCUUCUGCUCUCACACCAUCCAGGACUACCUGGGUUUCCAUCAGACCGACGUGAUGCAUCAGAGUGUGUUUGAGCUGAUUCACACUGAAGACCAGCAGGAGUUCAGGAGGAACCUGCACUGGGCCCUCGACCCCCCUGUCGGCCCCCCCACAGAUCCCUCUACAGAUGGGGAGUCGGAGUCGACCUCUUCUUGCCUCGUGAGCUACAACCCCGACCAGCUUCCACCUGAGAACUCCUCCUUCCUGGAGAGAGGCUUCAUCUGCCGCUUCCGCUGUCUGCUGGACAACUCCUCCGGCUUCCUGGCGCUGAACAUCCAGGGUCGCUUGAAGUUCCUCCACGGUCAGAGCCGUCAGCCGAGUGGCAGCGAGGCCGGGACGCCGCCUCAGCUCGCUCUCUUCGCCAUCGCCACGCCCAUCCAGCCUCCAGCCAUCCUGGAGAUCAGAACGAGGAACAUGAUCUUUAGGACCAAGCACAAGCUCGACUUCACUCCCAUGGCCUGCGACGCAAAGGGUAAAAUAGUCCUGGGCUACACCGAGGCGGAGCUGAGGGUCCGAGGCUCUGGUUACCAGUUCAUCCACGCUGCCGACAUGUUGUACUGUGCAGAAAACCACGUGAGAAUGAUGAAGACCGGAGAGAGCGGCCUCACCGUCUUCAGGCUGCUCACCAAGGAGAACCGGUGGGCGUGGGUCCAGGCCAACGCCCGGCUCGUCUACAAGAACGGAAAGCCCGACUACAUCAUCGCCACCCAGAGGCCUCUGGUGGAAGAGGAAGGAGGGGAAACCCUGAGGAAGCGAUCUAUGCACCUUCCUUUUACCUUCGCCACCGGGGAGGCGCUGCUCUACCAGACCGGGCAUCCGCUGCACGGCUUCCCUGAAUCCUUCCAGGGCAAAGCCAAAGGCAGCAAGUCCAAAAAGGGCAAAGUGGACCGGAGCUCUUCAGAUGAGCUGGACCCAAAGUCCCUGCUGGGAGCUCUGAUGAGCCAGGACGAGUCUGUGUACGUCUGCCAUCCCGACAUGGAGAAGAAGAUGACCUAUCAGAGCAGCCUGACUGGGGAGCAGCCGAGCCAGACUGAUGGUUUCACUGGUUUAUUUGGUGCUGACAGCUGGCAAAUCGUAUCCAACGGGGAGACAGGAAGAUGCAACGGUAAAGCAGCCAGUUUCGACCCCCUGCUGGCCACCUUGGACUCCUUGUCUCUGGACGGGGACGAGACGUGCUCCAACAGCGAGCUCUUCAGCGCUCUGGAGAACCUGGGCCUGAACGCUGAAGACCUGGAGCUCCUGCUGCUGGACGAGAGGAUGAUUCAGGUGGAGCUGGACCCAAACCACAUCCCCUCCCUCAGCGACCUGCUCACCAACAAUGAAAUCCUCUCCUAUAUCCACGACUCCCUGGAGGGUGGCAACGAGGGAGGGGAACCGGCUGGAUUUGGACUUUUGGGCCACCCGCCGAACACAGACUCCGCCCACAGCGUCUCCCAACAGGACUAUUCCACAGCUGCCGUCCCUGCAGCCCCCCCCAGCAGCCGGCAGCCCAUCGUCCAGCUCUCGCAACAGAUGCAGCAACACGUCCGAGCAGGUGAGCUGGUGAAAGGGCAGCUGGGGCAGAUCCAGCCUCUGGACACCAACGGUCACUGGAUGGUCACGACGGAGAACCUCCAUCACCCCAACAACCACACCCACCUCCACCCGCACACUGUGCUCAAAGCCUCACAGCUGAACGGUGACCACAAACACCUUCAUUCCCUUCUGGGAUUGAGUCAACAGUGGCAGCUCCAACAAGACCAGUACCCAGUGCACCUCCAGUCCCACCAGCAGGAGAACAGCCAGAGCGGUUUGCUACCUGGUUUCCACAACCAGCUGGGACUGAGCAGAUCUCACACCUCAAACGGACACGCAGCCUUCCCAGCGCACACGGAGGUGGAGCACACCGGCUACAGCAUCUCCAACAGUGUGAUCAUGCAGGAUGUAUGGGCCCAACAGAAACACCAGCAGAUGAUGCAGGAGGCUCAGGUUCCUCCAUCAGGUUUGUCCCAGUGUCCCAGUCAGAGCUCCUCGCUGGACUUAGAGCAGCUACUGGGUCUGUCCCAGCCACAGCACAGCCUGCCGUCCCUGGAGGCCUACGGCAUGUUCAGCACCGGGGCAGAAGACCAUGGCAAGCUGGAGAACGGCUGCCUCCUCAGUGCCACCAACGCAGCGUACAUCAAGACGUGUCUGAUGCCCAACGGGAACGGAGUGGCCACCGAGGACAUCCCUGUCUCGUGCCCUGAAGGACUCGCUGCUCUACAGGACCCACAGACGUCUGGAUUCUUCCUCUGAAGGGAGGAAGAGUCCGAGGAGGCGAGAGGAGGAGGUACAGAAGGAAGAAUAAAUAAUCACAAAGCAAGAGAACGUUUCAACUCCUCUUCCAGGAACAACUCCUACAAGCUCCACUCAGAGAACCGAGGUGUCGAAGAUAACCUAGAGACGGUGAUAACGAGUGAAGACAAAUGAGGCUUUUCGUGAGUUGUGCGCUCACUGAAAGUUUUGUGUCCAUGUGUGAGGUUUGUGUUCUUUCAUCAGGAGUCACCUGAACAUCAGCCUCAAGCCAAAACUCCUCCUCCUCCUCCUCUCGUCUUCACACUGUGACUUUCAACAGAAGUGGUUCGUUUGACAAUCAGUUUUAGUGCCAUUUAAUAAGAUAGAAGCCACUGGACUGUUCAAAUAAAGCACACAACUGGAGAUUUAACUUCACAGUAGUCUACAAGUGAGCAUUUGAAGCUGUGUGUGUGUGUGUGUGUGUGGGUGUGUGUGUGUGAGAACAUGCUGCUUUCAUUAGUGUAUUUACUGCUCAACACGUCUGCUGGUAAUCUGUCUCUGCAGGAAUGUGAGCGCCUGGUAAUCCUGCUCCGUGUGUGAAGUGGAGACACACGAGGACUGAACUCACCAGCAGAUCAUUUAACCUUCAGUGUUCGCUCCUCACCUCGAUGUAGAUGUGCGUCCUGGUGCUUUACAUGAAAACAGCAUUUCAAUCGAGGCGUUUAUAUAUUGUUGAGAUGAGAUUCAAACUAGUUCUGAAAGGUUCAAACCAGAAGCAGUUUAAAGGUGUUUUGUUAUCGCUGCUGCUUCUUCAGCCGCGGCAGCAGGACAUUUAUCCUAAUGCAGCAUUUCAGCCCGUUUGAGGUUUACAGUGAAGUUGGGCAAUUACUGGUGUUUUACAGACGUGAUCAGAGAGGAUCUGAUUUGUCCGUCAGUGGCACUGAACUCUAACAAAAAAGCAUUUUGGUUUCCUGACCGGAGACAGUGUGAAAAUCUCCCAUUACUGCCUUGUCUGGGCGGCCGCGGCCAGUCAGACCCCCCCCCCACCCCCCGUCAUGUGGGGAAACCCUGAGUGCACUUACGUGCACACACGUCCAUUAAGGACCUAAAUGUAAAUAAUAGAUCACAACUGAAGGUGAGGGAGGAGGUGCAUGUCAGCAUUUCUCAAGAUUUGAUUUCUGUCAUCACACAAUUUUUUAUUAUUGGUAAUAUUAUUAUCCCAUACCUGCACUAAGAGGUAGGAAACAUUUGAACUGUUCUUAAUUUCAUAUCUGGCCAGUUUGUGCAUUUAUGUGGAAUCAGACUUAUUGAACUGACAGAUUUUUGUAAACAGACUUUUCAACUUUAAUUCAAGCCACUGCCUCAAUCGUAGAAAACAGAAUCUGUCCCACACAGUUUUGUGUCUUAUUUUUUCUUUGUGUUAAAUAUUUAAACAAAACAAACUGAACAAUUCGACAAAACCUGCAGUGAAAAGAAUCCUCAGCUGGACUCCCACAGCCGUCAGUGGGACUUGAAACCUCACCCUGCGUUCAUGUCAUGUCAGAUUCACUGUAUACGAUUGAAAUUAUGAUUGAAUAAUUAUGUGUGUAGUCAAUUUUCUGUGUUAAACAAACGUCUGAUAUGACAUGAAUGCAGUUUCACUCCCAUUGACCAGCGUUUAAAAGAAGCAGCUCCCCCCCCCCCCCCCCCCCCCUGCAUUUAGCACCGACUCCAAAACCAAAUGAGAAACAUGUGAACACGCGUGUGUGUGUGUGUGUGUGUCUGCAGUUGUUCCUUCGCUGAAUGUCUCUGGUAAAAAAACAAACUGUAAAGAUGUUUUAAACCUGAAGCUUUUAUUUCACUACGAUAACAAACUGUCAAUCAAAGGUUGACUUCACGCCUCUUGUCUGUUUUCCUCUGGUUGCUUUUGCUUUUAUGAACUUUUAUUAUAAAACAGAUUAUUUAAAACCAGUUGUGAGAUCAAAUGCUGUAUGAAAGGAACAUUUAUAAAGAGACGGUCAUUUUCCAGACGCUGAGAAACAGAAGCUUGUGUGUGUGUGUGUGUAUAUAGACAGUAAGUGUUUUUUCUAUCGACGUUGUUUCAAGCACUACUUUGAAUUUACUGCUCUUACAAACUUCCUCCAGCACUGAAAGUAGUCCUGUAGAAAAAAAAAAGCAUUUUAUGACUCAGUGUUGUUUGAAUAUUGUUCCCGAGAGUCGCGUGUUUUAUCUCUAUGUCAUGUUUAAAGACAGUUUGUCACUUUAGCUCAAAACAAAAUGGUGCCAUAACGGUGAGCUCCCACUCGCCAUGUUUCAGUAAAUGAAGAAUAUAUUUCAAAACACUUUACGUACAUGAAGCUUCUUCUCUCCAUAUCUUUAUAAUCCACUUUGUCCACAGAUUCCCUUUGAAAGUGAACCAAUCGCUUUAUAUUUAUGCCGUGAGUCAUUUCCUCAGAGUUGAGACUGAACUGAACUUUGAAACCAAACCCUCCAGUAGCUGUUCGAUGUUUUUAAAGGCACACAGACUUUAUUUUGCUACUUUUAUCACUGAAAGUCGUAGUUGUACCUAAACUGAACUUAAAGAAAAAGGCGGUUUGUGUCGGAGCCAUGUGUUGAGAUGUGCUCCUGGAUCCUGGAAUAAAGGAUUUGGUGCAAACAC